AUGAGCACAUUCGAUCGAAUGCUGUGGCACGUCCUGUUGCAACCGUACCGAAACCUCGUAUUCCACCUUUGGGUCAUCCUGUCUAUGAGGUCUCGAAACGUCAUAAUAACAAUAACAAUAAUACGAACAAUAAUGAUCGUAAAACUUUAUCGGUUGACGUCAAAGAAGAAAUAAAGGAAGAGCCACUGGUGGCGAUAUCUGCACAACAGCCGCAUCAACAACUAAAGCAACAGUCUCAACCGCAGACGAACACUGCUAUGAAUAGUAUGGUUCAACAAGACCAAACAAACUUGUUGAUUAGCACAAAUGACAUAAGCCCGAAAAGUCAG